CAGUGAGGCGGGCGCGCGCGAGGCCGAGUUGGAAACAUUGUAUCGUGUCGGUGCGUUACGGCGCGUUCUGAGCGUACUGACGGCGUUACGCUCGCGAUGGCCGUUUAAAAAGACGUCGUUUAAACGUCGUGGAUUUCGGGUCCGAGCUUUUUGCGUUGUUUUAUUUAUUUAAACGUUUCUGAGGGAUAUUUUCACCCGUCUCGCGCCAGGAGGACAGACGGUGACGUAGCCAGGAUGAAGUACAAAAACCUGAUGGCGAAGGCGCUGUAUGAUAACGUGCCGGAGUCUCCGGAGGAGUUGGCCUUCAGGAAGGGCGACAUCCUGACGGUGAUCGAGCAGAACACCGGCGGCCUGGAGGGGUGGUGGCUCUGCUCGCUGCACGGUCGCCAGGGCAUCGCCCCCGGCAACCGCCUCAAACUGCUCAUCGGCCCCAUGUUCGAGAACCAGACCGCCUCCAGCCCCGCCCCCUCGCAGAGCCACGCCCACCAGCCGAGACCCCACACCCCGCAGGGCCUGUACCAGCCCAGCCCCGCCCCCGCACAGGGCAUCUACCAGGUCCCGCCCCCGCAGGACAUCUAUCAGGUCCCGCCCUCGCAGGACGUCUACCAGGUCCCGCAGAGGAGCGCCCUGGCAGCGGACGCCAUGCCCAACAAGGUUUUGACCCCAACACGAGUGGGACAGACGUACGCCUACAGCCCCGCCCCCACCAGCUCUCACGACCUGUACGACGUUCCUCCCGUACGACAGCAGGGGGUUUACGAUAUUCCACCGGGGAAACAGACGGGAAAGCAGAAGAGUCCUCACUCUCAGGGUUUAUACGAUAUUCCUCCCACAGCAGAUACGCGGAAUCAGGGGGUGUACGAUAUUCCUCCAGCAUCUCAGGGGGUAUACUCAAUACCACCUUGCCGGAGUAACGCUGCACCAGACGAAGGCAACUAUGACUUCCCCCAACCGCACAAACCCAAACCCGAAGGCGUCUACGACAUUCCUCCAUCUUUCUCCAUCUCCAAAUCUACCCAGAGCUCCCAGUCCCAGUCCAACUACGACUUCCCUCCCAGCUCAGAGCAGCGCAUGCUCGCCAGCAGCGACAGCAGCGUCUACGACGUUCCCGCCAGUCAGCCGGCGUCGGCGGGAAACCGGGAUCUUUACGAUGUUCCACAGGGCGUUCACGUUCAAGCUCGUGAUCGCAACAAGGGCAUCUACGACAUCCCGCCUGCAGACCCGCGCCUGCCGCAAGACGUAACCGACGGCAUGAACCGCCUCUCGUUCUCCAGCACCGGCAGCACCCGCAGCAGCAUGUCCACGUCCUCUUCUUCAGCAGGGUCGCCGGCCGAGGGGCGUCUGGCACUGGAUCUGGACUCGGCGUUGCAGAGGAUCGGGCGUCUACAGCAGGGUCUGGACUCGUCCGUCUCCGCCCUGCAGAGCUUCGCCACCUCGCCCAACUGGCGCACCUACGGCUUCAUGGAGCGCCACAGCAACGAAGUGCGGCUGAUCCUGAAGCGCGUUCGCGGCACCCUCGGCGAAAUCCUGGCGUUCGGGCGAGGUGCGGCCGCCAACGCCUCGGCUCUAUCAGACUCUGGACUUCAUUUGAAGCUGCGGCGGCAGCUGCAGAGGCUGGAGGACUCCCAGCAGAUCCUGCAGCAGACCCACCAGAGCCUGGAGAACAGCAGCUGGUGCCUCAACGUCCUGGUGGCAGGUGGCAGGCAGCAGCGACAGCAUCAGCAGCAGCAGCAGCAACAACAGCAACAAGGCAAAAGCGACGAGCUGGACCGCUUCGUCAUGGUCGCUCGAACGGUGCCGGACGACGCCAAGCAGCUCGCGUCUACAAUAGGGGGCAGCGCUGAGCUGCUGUUCCGGAGGGCACCGGUAGAGGGCGUCGUCCAUCCGUUCACCUGCUCCCCGGCGGAGGAGGACAGCAACCACAACAACCACCACAGCUGCCAGACCAAGCCCUUCCCCGUCCCCCAGGACAGCGAGAAGUGCGUGAAGAGCUGGAUGGAGGAUUACGAUUACGUCCAUCUGCAGGGUAAAGACGAGUUUGAGCGUCAGCAGAAGGAGCUGUUGGAUAAGGAGAACAUCAUGAAGCAGAGUAAAGUUCAGCUGGAACAGGAACAGCUGAACCAGUUCAAGCAGUUGGAGCAGGAGGUCAUCAAACCCGUGGAGAACGACAUCACGCAGUGGAUCUCCCACCAGCACCACUCCACAGGCUCCGCCUCCUCCCCCUCAGACUCCUCCUCCUCCACCACUUCCUCGUCUGUAGGGGGCGUGGCUCCGGUGUGUGGGCGGGACCGGCAGCUGCUGGGUUUCUACGCGGAGCAGUGCGAGCAGCACUUCGUGACGCUGCUGAACGCCGUGGACGCGUUCUUCGGCUGCGUGGCGGCGGGUCAGCCCCCGCGGAUCUUCGUCGCUCACGCCAAGUUCGUCAUCCUCAGCGCCCACAAGCUGGUGUUCAUCGGGGACACGCUGUCGCGCCAGGCCGCCGCCCCCGACGUGGCCAACCGCGUGAUGGACUCCAGUAACGUGCUCUGCCAGAUGCUGAAGACGGUCGUCGGCGCCACAAAGACGGCGGCGCUUCACUACCCGAGCACCGGCGCCGUGCAGGAGAUGGUGGACCGGGUCACGGACCUCUCGCACCGCGCCCAGCAGUUUAAAGCCCAGCUGCUGCACAUGGCGGCGGCGGCGUUGUGAUCCCGUCGCUUCCGGUAGAGACGAUCUGAACGUGUUUAUAUAUGUAUUUAUAUAAAUGUAUUAUACUGUACGCAUCGAGCGCAUCUACGAAGCUGCCGUCUGUAAAUAAUGAAUAAACACCGUACGUCCGUUUCUCUGUAAUGUGUAAAUAUUUAGCUCUAUUUUUGUUUAGAUUUGUUUUUUAUUAUAUUAAGAAGCAUACAAAUAUAUAUGUAUAAAUAUAAAUAUAUAUAUAUAUAUAUAUGGAUACGAAUAUGAAAGUGCUUAAAAAAAAUGUUAAAAAAGGCAGUAUGUUAACAUUCCGCGUUUUUUCGUACCGAGCACCUUACGAGUGAAGCCGUUAACGUCUCGUUAUUUGGGAUGCAAAAAAAUAUAUACCGAUACCAUACGAUACCAUGAUAAUGUAUUUGUACUUGUAUUUGUAAUUGUACUCGCCAACGAUACUCCUAUACCAACAUCCAAUACCUAAUACAUAAUGCUGCGCCAACGGACAGACAACCUCACAGACGUACAGUGUCUUGCAAAAGUAUUCAUACCCCUUGAACUUCUUCACUAUUCGUCACUUUACAUUCAAAAAAACUUAAUGUAUUUUAUAGAGGUGUUGUUGCCAGGUGGUUGCUAAGGUGUUGCUAAAUGGAUUUUCGGUGGUUGCUAUGGUGUUGCUAUUUGGCCAGACUAUUUUUGUUGAUGAUUUUCAAUGAGGACACUUAUCUCCAUUUUUGUCGAUUUUUAGUUUACUACAUGAUUUAAACAGACAAACUGUCUCUUACACUGUGCCAAAAUUUCUUGAUGAACGGACCAAUAGAAACUCUUCAAAAUGACCUGAAAUAAACUCUUUUUACAUCGACUUCCAUUAAAAGUUAACAAGGUUUUUUCUUUCUCCUGUAAAGUUGCUGUUUUGGAGAUAAGUGUUUUUCAUUGGACAGCGACGAAAUGACCUUUUUACUAAGAAUUUAUAUAAUGUGUAGUCACCUCCCACCUUAGAUGGACCCUUAAAUUUUAUUCUUACAUAAAACGUUAUUUUAGUUUCGCAAACAACGUUGUAAAUCUGUGCGUAAAAAAACUGAAGCGUGCACCACAUUUCCGUAGUGCGAUGAUUUUUCAUGAUGUAGUGCACUACUUAGGAUGCCUAAUUCUAAGUGAACAAGGGUGUCGCCCUGUUUUCCUGAUGUAAUCAGAGUAUGGAUGCUCACACAGGACAAAUGCGAUGUCAUGAUACAUCACUGGAUCCUAUAGACACGCUAAGCCAUCUCUCUUAUAGGCGCGCUAACAAAUAAAUAAACCCAGUGAUUAGAAAAUAUGCAUUAUUACACACAUUAUCAGCCACUAAUAUCAGGUUAAGAGCUGUAAUUAUUAAAAUAAAAGCUUAAGUGUAUAAAUUUUCCAGUUAAUAUGUUUUUUUUUAAGCUGAAUGUAAAGCUCAAUCUUUGCAGUUUCACAUGUCUUGCUGCUGGGGGGCGCUGAAAUAAACAAAACUUUAAUUCUUAGAAAAAAAAAAACAUGUUCUUUUAAAGUUAAACGAGUCCUGGAUGGUAAUCUACACAGAUUUCUCUCUUGAAAGCUGUUUAUUUGGGUGAGUAAAACUCUUCAAAUUAAUGAAUUUACACAAAGCUUAGAUUUCCAGAUUUACACUAAGGCUGGGUGCAGCAGCAGCAUUAGCAUUAACCGCUAGCUGUUGUUAGCGCUAGUAAAUGCUGCAGACAGCGCUUCACUGAGGAACCCUGAGUUAGAUUUCCACAAUUUUAACUGAAAUUACCGAAAAUAGAGGCCACCGCGCUCUGAUCUGGCACGUUCACACAGCCAUGAAAAAAUCAGAUCUGAGCCUCAUUGAGCAAAAACUCAGAUUUGAGUCAUUUUAGCUUGGUAAUGUGAACGUAGCCUAUGUUGUGCCCUCCACAAAUAUGGCAUUUAUGGAUGAAGAGUGGAAGAAGAAGACCAUCGUUGAUAAACUGUGAAGUUGAAACUGCAAACAGCUCUUCUUAUGUGAUGCUUUAUGUUGGUUUAUCACUUAUAAUCUCAAUAAAAUACAUUUAAGUUUGUGUUUGUAAGAUUUAAGUUUGUGGUUGUAAGAUGACAAAAUGUAAAAAAGUUCAAGGAGUAUGAAUAAAACUAAUCUCUAUUUAGUUAUUUAAGCAUAAUUUCCUAUUUUCUAAUUUUCCUGAUAACUCAAUUCUAGGGUAUUGGUUUUGGUAUGGGCGAGUACAGAAGUACAUGUACUCGUACUCGGUUGGAAGUAAAUGGUAUGGAUGCAUUUGUAGUUUUUAUUGCUGGAGAUCAGAGUAGCUCUAUUAGCUGAGUUUGUUUAAUUGUGUUAAAUUGUGUUGAAUUGUUUUCUGCAGACGAUUUGAUUAAUAACAGUAAAGACUGUUCUACACUCA